AUGGCCGGCCGAGGCGGCGGCUUCUACCCGCGGGCGGCCACCGGCUCCGGCGCAGACUCGCCGCCGCUUCUCAGCCUGAGGCGGCGCUCGAAACACCAGGGGCCGGAGGAGGCGGUUAUGCUUGAGAAGGUGUUGGGAAUAACUACUCAAACCAGCAGUGGCCUCGCUUGUGACCCAAACACGGGGCAGAUAGCAUAUCCAUCAGGGUGUGUAGUUGUGAUUUUCAAUCCUCAGAAGAAUAAACAAAGACAUAUAUUUAAUACUUCUAGGAAGACUGUGAGUGCUUUGUCUUUUUCCCCUGACGGGAAAUAUAUUGUAACUGGUGAGCAUGGGCACAGGCCGGCCGUCCGCGUCUGGGACAUAAGAGAGAAGGCGCAGGUCUUGGAACUCCACGGCCACAACCACGGUGUCGCCUGCGUGGCCUUCUCUCCCAGUAUGAAGUACCUCGUGUCGGUGGGCUAUCCGCAUGACACGGCUGUGAACGUGUGGGACUGGAAGAAAGGCACGCUCAUCGCGUCCAACAAAGUGUCCUGCAAGGUCAUGGCCAUUUCCUUCUUGGAGGACAGCUACUUUGUGACUGUCGGCCAUCGCCACGUGAAAUUCUGGUUCUUGGAUGUAUCACGGGAAGCUCAGGUCAAAGAGACGGUCCCGCUGGUCGGCCGCUCCGGCCUGCUCGGGGAGCUGCACGACAAUGCCUUCUGUGGGGUGGCUUGUGGACGGGGCAGGAUGCCCGGCAGCACCUUCUGCAUCUUGCACUCUGGACUCCUCUGCCAGUUCAACGAGAGGCGUGUGUUGGAAAAGUGGAUCGACCUGAAGGUGUCUGCAGCCCACUGCCUCUGCAUCAGUGAGGAGCUCAUCUUCUGCGGCUGCGCCAAUGGCACAGUGCGACUUUUCCAGGCACACGACAUGCAAUACCUGACGGACCUGCCCAAGCCCCACCUCCUGGGCGUUGACGCGGCCGGCGGAGAAGCCACGAGAAACCCAGGUGCCGCCUACCCCGACACGAUCGCCCUGGCUUUUGAUGUCUGCCACCACUGGCUCUCCUGCGUCUACAAGGACCACAGCCUGUACGUCUGGGAUGUGAAGAACCACAACCGGGUGGGGAAGGUGUGGUCUGGCCUCUUCCACAGCUCAUUCGUGUGGAACGUCGAGGUUUAUCCUGAGUUUGAAGACCACGAAGGCUGCUUGCCCCCGGGAUCUUUUCUAACAUGCUCCUCUGACAACACUAUACGUUUUUGGAACUUGGAAGAUGGCACACCAGCUGAUUUUCAGAAGAAUGUCUGCAGUAAUAGCUUGCUGAAGGUUGUGUAUGUGGAAAAGAACACCCGGCACCUGCAGGAUCCCCCCAGUGUGCUGGACAGAGCUGAAAAUGCCAGCUGCCUGGACGCGAAACCAGGAGUCCGUGUCCUGCAGGUCAGCCCUGACGGCCAGCAUUUGGCCUCUGGUGACCGAGCCGGAAAUUUGAGGAUACACAAGCUAACGUGCAUGGACAAGGUGAUGAAAAUCGAGGCCCACGAUUCAGAAGUUCUAUGCUUGGAAUAUUCUAAGCCGGAAACCGGGAUGACCUUGCUGGCUUCCGCAAGUCGAGACAGGCUGAUCCACGUGUUAAACGUGGAGCAGAACUAUAAACUAGAACAGACGCUGGAUGACCACUCCUCGGCAAUAACGGCGGUGAAGUUCACUGGAAACGGAGACAUUCGGUUGAUUAGCUGCGGAGCGGACAAGAGCAUCUAUUUUCGCAGUGCACAAAAGGCCGUGGACGGGGUCAGCUUCGUCAGAACCCACCACGUCGCGGGGAAGGCAACCCUGUAUGACAUGGACAUCGACAUCACGCAGAAGUAUGUCGCGGUGGCCUGCCAGGACCGAAACGUCAGGGUGUACAGCACAGUCACUGGGAAGCAGAAGUGCUGCUACAAGGGCUCACAAGGGGAAGACGGCGCCCUCCUGAAGGUUCAGCUGGAUCCCUCGGGAACUUUCCUGGCCACCAGCUGCUCUGAUAAAAGCAUCUCUAUCAUCGACUUCCGCUCCGGAGAGUGCGUCGCCAAAAUGUUUGGCCAUUCAGAAGUCGUGACGGGGAUGAAGUUCUCCUUUGACUGCAAGCGCCUGAUCACCGUCUCCGGAGACAGUUGCAUCUUUAUAUGGCGCCUCAGCCCCGAAAUUACCAGCUGCAUGAAGCAGCACUUGAGGGAACUGGAUCAGGCCCAAGAGCAGAAGAAAGCCGGGGAGCCCGCUUGGUCUCAUCUGGUCAGGCAGGAGACAUACGCUGCCGUGCCGAGCGGAGAGACCCUCUGUGGCACUGAUCCCCUCGCUGGUUACGACACUGGAGGGGAAGAGGAGGAGGAGGAGGAGGAGGAAGACUACACGGCUCUUCAGACGCCCACUAAAGAAGAUUUUGAUGCAGCUCCGACCUACCUCCUCUCCAAUGGGAAAAUGCCGAUGUGGGCAAAGAGGCUGCUCGGAGAAGCAGAUACUUCAGACGGCGCUAGCUCCUUUGACUCGCGGGUGAGCUAUCAGCCACAAGGGCGGUGGGCAGAAAGCAUCAACCAGGAGCCAAUCAAAACCAUUGCAGAUGCUGACCUCAGCGACUUCAGCCCAGUCGAAAACAACUGUCUCAAUGACAUCGAGCUGGUGCCAAAGCUGCUCUGGGAGACCGAGGGCUCCACUAGCAACAUAAUACAAGACUUCAAGCGGGCAGACCCGUCUUCCGAAGAUGAGGCGGACCCCGCACGGGAAGCCAGCAGGAGCAGCUUGUACGGCACACAGGCUGGCGACAGUCCCCCUGCUGGAGAGAGGAAAUACAUGGAUGGGCUGCCGCUUCAGCCAUUUCAUCAGGAGGGAGCCGCCCGUGCGAAAGAAAAAUCGCUGGAGCAGCUGUACUCCAUCACCUCCCUGGGUUCAGAGGCUUCCCCUUUGGAUCGCCAACAGGAAGACCGAGAGUCUCUUCUUUCGGAGGCAGAAGCAGAAAUGGCUGACUUAGACGAGAACUUCCAGCAAAGCAAUUCUUUGCCACAUACCCCCGAGCAAGAGAAAUACCUCCGGCAUCACUUUGAGACACUGGCCAGCGCCCACUCGGAAGAAAAGUUUGACGGCUGUAUAAAAGACCUGAAGCCCCUGGAAGACGAGGACGAAGAGGCCUCCCUGUUCCUGAAUCCCCGCCUGAGCAUUUCUGCCAGAUUUCUCUCCCGCUACCAGAAAAACAGCAGGUUUGCCGCAGCCUUUCUUCCACUGGCCCACCAGCCCAUCCAGGCCGCUGCUGUGGGAGAGGAGGGCGAGCCCAGGAAAAUGGAGAAACCUUCAGCAGAAACUCACUCAGAUUUGAAGGAAAAACUUGAUGCUAAAGCAUCUGGGACUUCAGAAGCUCGGGCUCUAAUUGAGAACUUUGACAUGAACCUCCAACCUCUGUGCAGCAAAUUUCAAGAGACACUGCAAGUUUAUGACCAGGUGAUGUCCUGCCAUGACUCAACGGAGGAGGAGCUCCUCCACGUGAAGAGCAGGCUGGUCAGCACUUUCUGUUGGAUGAAACAAGAACUGGACUCCAGAGCCAUAAAAGGCAACAUGGAUGUGGCCACAGGCACAGAGAGUCCAUCACCCUGGCUUAAGCGCCUUCAAGACAGCGAGAUCCACUCUCUCCUGAAACAGUACUCUGAUUCGCUGCUGCAUCUGCUGCAGAAGAAGCUGGAGGAAGCCAGCAAAGCAAGCGUUGUCUGAACUUCGUUGCGCAGCCACCCUCCUGCCCAGAUUUUAUUGCACGGCUCUGCACGAGAAAACAUGGACACCAAUAUCUGUGUAACUCCUGCAGGGUUGCAUUCUUCGAAAUACAGGCUUCCUGCUUUCCCUCUGGCUUUUUUUGCUUCCAGGGGAAAAGUUUUAAAUUUUGCACACAAAGACUGACAAGUUUUUCAAAUAAAACUUUUUCUAGGUUUUGGAAAUAAUAAAAUUUGGUUAUUGCACUUUUAAAGG